CUCGCCUUACUCGAGGACGUCGUCGUACCAUCAUCACCCGCCCCCGCCGCCGACCCGCAGUUGGCGACGUUAGAUACACACCAGACGAAUCCGCUCGAAGCUUACCCUGGUGGCAGGCAUCUUAUCCGGGAGUCGUUCUUACGCAGAGGCUUCCCACCAUCAGGCCUAGACAUCGCCUGCGCGUCGCUAUCAGAAAACUCCCUUAAACAGUAUGACAGUGCUAUUAAAAAAUGGUGGCUUUUUUGUAAAGAAAAAUCCAUAGAUGUCACUGAAGGCUCUGUUCCCAUUGUGAUUGAGUUUCUUACACAGAUGUUCCAUAAUGGUGUCCAAUAUGGAACACUCAACUCGUAUAAAUCAGCUAUAUCCUUAAUACUUGUAAAUGAUAUAUCUAAGGAUCCUAGAAUUACUAGGUUUUUAAAGGGCGUAUUUCGACUUCGACCGCCCUUGCCAAAAUACAACUCCACUUGGAACCCAACUUGUGUUCUGGAUUUUCUAAGUAACUUUUAUCCAAACGAAACUCUAUCAUUAGAAGAUCUGUCAAAAAAAUGUAUCACAUUAUUAGCACUCACAACAGCACAUAGGGUGCAAACUUUCUCUAAAAUCAAAAUACAAAACAUAGAAAAUCUGAACGACAAGAUUUUAAUUAAAAUUCCUGAGGUUAUAAAAACUUCUCGGGUGGGUUCCAAGCAACCAAUUCUUGUGUUGCCAUAUUUUACGCAAAAAGUAGAAAUAUGCCCUGCAAAAACCUUAAUGUCUUAUGUUGAAAAGACUGCGUCGGUACGGAAAUCGGAUUGUUUAUUUAUAAGUUAUAAGAACCCUCAUAACCCUGUAACCACGCAGACCCUCAGUCGGUGGAUCAAGUCCACGCUCGGCGCGAGCGGCGUGGACGUGUCGGUGUUCACCGCGCACAGCACGCGCCACGCCAGCACGUCGCGCGCGCACGCCGCGGGGGUGAACAUCGACCUCAUAAGAAAUACCGCAGGUUGGAGCGGCAAUUCCACUACAUUUGCUCGAUUUUACAACCGAAUUGUCGUUGAACCUGAUAAUGAAUGUGCCCUGGCUAGAUCCAUAAUAAAUAAUGAUGAUUGA